AUGGGCCACCCCCUGUACAGCACUGUGGCCACGCUAUACAUUGAGUACCCCCCAAUGCGGCAUGGGGAGCCCCUCUAUAAGGAGGCAGAUGAUCACAAUCCUUUUCUCGCUACAAAACAGUCCUGCAAUAACUCGGCUGUCUGCCCUGCUCAUUUGUAUUGUAGAUGGAGCCCUAAAGGGACAGAAAUACCAAGAAAAAGGGAAGCCAGACACAUUGUGGAAGUGGAUGGGAAAAAAGGCCUGUUCCGUGGUCUUACUCCUCGGCUCGUCUCCAGCACUUUAUCCACCAUCACCCGGGGGAGCGUGAAGAAGGCCUUUCCACUGGAGGACAUGGAGCACGUUUCCAACAAGGAUGACAUGAAGACUUCCCUUAGGAAAGUGGUGAAAGAGACCUCUCAUGAGAUGAUGAUGCAGUGCGCGUCCCGGGUCGUCUCGCAUCCCCUGCACGUGAUCUCUAUGCGCUGCAUGGUCCAGUUCGUAGGCCGGGAAGUCAAAUACAGCGGCGUGUUCAGCGCCAUCGGCAGGAUAUUGAAGGAAGAAGGGAUCCUGGGAUUCUUCGUCGGCCUAGUCCCUCACAUCCUGGGGGACGUCAUCUUCCUGUGGUGCUGCAACCUCUUGGCUCACUUCAUCAACACGUACGCGGUGGACGAUAACUUCAGCCAGGCGUCGGUGAUCCGGAGCUACACCAAGUUCGUGAUGGGGAUCGCGGUGAGCAUGCUGACGUACCCCUUCCUUCUCGUGGGAGAUCUCAUGGCAGUGAACAACUGCGGGUUGCGCGCCGGCCUCCCGCCCUACGCUCCCGCCUUCACAUCCUGGAUCCACUGCUGGAGGCACCUCAGGGCUCAGGGCCAGCUGUUCCGCGGCUCCAGCCUGCUCUUCCGCAGGGCGCCCACAUCCUGCUUCCCCAUCGAUUAACUCCCCGGCUCACGGGGAGGAGCAAGGAACUUGGGCUCCUCAAGAAACUCCAAGCUUGUUUUGAUAUCUACAUAUUGU